UACAUUAUAAAAUAAACAUUUAAUUUUGACUCUGUUAUAGUCAAGUGAUGGAUUUGUUGUAUUGCUAGUUUUCUGGCAUGUCACUGUUCGAGUUAGAAAACAGUGGAGUGCUCGGUUCUCCUGGUGGAUUUUCUCACAGCACCUCUGAAGCACAGGAUGGAGAUGCUUGUGAUGCUGGAGAAAUUGUUGAUUUCACACAAGAUUUGUUAUGCUUCACACCUCUGUCCGAUCACACUGAUGACAAAUCAUCUCUUAGUCCCAUAGACCUACAGGGACAAUUUCACCCAUACACCUCAGAGGACCAAAAGGAGAAAUAUGUCGGCAUUGAUACUCUGCCAAAGCAAGUCCAUCGUAAUACAUUGAAAAAUGGAUUUGAGUUCAAUCUUAUGGUUGUUGGUGAAUCUGGCUUAGGCAAAUCCACACUGGUCAACAAUCUUUUCUUCACAAACCUCUAUAUGGACAGACACCUUUAUGAUGCCUCAGAGAAGAUAAAUCAGACAGUAUCAAUAACAAAGACUACUGUAGACAUUCUUGAAAACGGAGUAAAGCUGAGGCUCACUAUCGUAGACACCCCCGGUUUUGGUGAUUGCCUUAACAAUGAUAAAAGCUGGCAGGGGGCUGUGGAUUAUGUCGAUCAGCAGUUGGAGCACUACCGCAAAGAUGAGAUGGGAAUAAACCGUAAAAACAUGACAGACAAUAGAGUUCACUGCUGUCUCUACUUCAUCUCACCUCAUGGUCAUGGCCUCAGGCCAAUUGAUGUGAACUUUAUGUUGGCCCUGCAUCAGAAGGUCAACAUUGUGCCUGUGCUGGCCAAAGCGGACAGUCUCACCCCAACAGAGAUCCACGAAAUGAAAGCUAAGAUAAGAAGUGAAAUUGACAAGUAUAAAAUCAAGAUUUUCCAGUUGCCAGAGUCUGACCUGGAUAAGAAUAAUCUCAUUGGGGUGCAAGACCUAAAGGAUAUUAUACCCUUUGCUGUCAUUGGAAGUAAUACAGUAGUGGAAAACAAUGGCAGGAAAGUACGAGCUCGUGCAUAUCCAUGGGGUGUUGUCGAAGUUGAGAAUCUAUCUCACAAUGAUUUUGUGCAUCUGAGGAAUACAUUGAUACGCACACACAUGCAGCACCUGAAAGAUGUGACCCACCGCACGCUGUAUGAGAACUAUCGUAUAAAUGUCCUGUGCAAGAACCCAUGUCUGGAGAAUGAAUAAGGAUGUUGCAGGUGGAUAACAGAAGAAGGAUACAGCAAUAGGGUUACAAAGUCAGAUGAAAUAAAAAUACAAAUUUAAGAGAUAAGAUAAAUUAUUUUAAGUGAUUAUUAUUUAGACAUUUUAAGCAUUAAUGCUAUUUUAAGUGUGCUAAAAUGUAAACCACUAGAACAAUAUUUUAAAGCGUAUUUUAAAACAGAAUUGCCUUG